AUGGGACAAAAAGGAGGGAGAGAUGCAUUUGUUUCCCAAGGUUUUGAUACUUGGAAUAAAAAAGAUGCAUUUCGGACUCAUGUGGGUGGUGUUGAUAGUUUUCACAGCAAAUCAAGAGAAAAGUGUGAGUUUUUAAUGAGGGAAAAACAAGCUAUUAAUGUAGUCUUGAGGAGGCAAACCGAAGCAGACGACCAUAAAUAUAAGGUUCGAUUACGUGUUUCUAUUAUUGUUGCUAGGCUUUUAUUGAAAACCGUACUUUUGAGUAUUCGUGAAGAGAUUGAUCAAGAUGUGUUUGCUUUACUAGUUGAUGAAUCUAGUGAUGUUUCAAAAAAGGAACAAAUGGAUAUUGUUUUGCGUUAUGUCAAUAGUCUUGGCUUUGUGAAAGAAAGAUUCAUAGGAGUAGUGCACGUGAAGGAUACAUCUUCUUUGACACUCAAAAACGCCAUAAAUGAAGUACUUACAAGUAAUAAGUUGAGUUUUAGUCAGAUAAGAGGACAAUGUUACGAUGGGGCUAACAAUAUGUCAGGGGAAUUCGAUGGUUUGAAAGCUUUGAUAUUACAAGAGAAUGACAUGGCUUUUUAUGUACAUUGCUUUGCACACCAACUUCAAUUAGUAGUUGUAGCUGUAGCAAAGAAGCAUGAUGGUGUUAGUGACUUUUUUGAGCAAAUUUUGUUGGUGGUUAAUGUUGUUUGUGCCUCAUAUAUGAUAGACCUUGAAGGACAACUUGAAAUAUUUUAUCACUCUUGCAUCAAAGAUGACCGCUUUACUAGUUUGAAAGGAAUUUCCAACCUUUCUCGUUUGAUGGUUAGUACGGGGAAGCAUCGGUAUUAUCCUUUGGUUUAUAAGCUUUUAAAGUUGUCUUUGAUAUUACCCGUAGUGACCGCAAGUGUAGAAAGAUGUUUUUCAAAGAUGAAGCUCUUGAAGAUCAACUUGUGUAACAAUAUUGGCGAUGAAUUUUUGAACGACGCAUUGCUUUGUAAUGUCGAGACCGAAGCACUUGUGAAAGUUGAGAAUGAAAAAGUAAUGGAGCGUAUUCAAAAGAUGUCUGCACGAAGAGGACAAAUUUAA